CCGCGCGUCGCACCGACGCGCGCUUAGUGUGCCUCACGCACCCACAGUGUGUGCGACUGUUGCGUCACGCACAGCGCGGCUGACACACGCGUGUGUGCAUUUUACUCGUCGUCGUCGUUGUUGUCGUCCGUCAUCCGCCGUGGUCGUCGUGUAGUACAUUCGUAGGCCUACCUAAGUUUAUUGUUAGAGAGCGUGCGGCGCACGCUGUGGGCCGAGCUUGAGAAUUUAGUACGCCUCGUACGCUGCUCCAGUCAUCACGUGCGCGUCUCUGUCGCCGCGAUUGUUUCUUCAGAUGCGAAUGAAAGAAAUCACAGUGAUAGCGCGCUCAGCGCGUCGCGCGUCACGCGUCACCUGGCUGAUCCGCGAGGUGUCGAUUUUCGGUUAGUGCCGCGUCCGGAAAUUUUGACGAGCGAACGAGUGGGAGUGUUGCUUGCAGUCAUGUGAUCUGUUUGCCGAGAGAUGAGCGAGAAAGCAGAGAACUUGAGGUGAAAGAUCGUGAUGUCCUUUGAUGAAGAUCAACGAAACAAAGGACGAGAAAUACGUGAAUACGAGUUGGAAGGAGAACACAUUGGAAUCGAUCGCUGGAAUCGCCAAAGCUCGAACGUGAAGUUUACGGGCGAGAGGUUUCUCGAAGAAAUUUGAAAAUACGGCUGCGUUGAACUGUAAUUUCCGGCAAGGAGAAAUUGCUGGUGUAAUCGCCGCCGCGUACUCCGAUGCCGAGGCGCGGGACAUUACCGUAGGAGUGCGGCGGCGAGGAAGAAGAAGCUGAAACUACUUUCGCGUGUUAAGUGAAACUACGUAAUACGCGCGCGAAGACACGUAAUGCAACUUCGAUGAUCGAGCUUUCAGUGAAUCCAUUUGCAAACGUAAUUCCUACGUGCCGUGGGGAGGGAACGAGAGUGCCGUGAUAACGAAGCGAGUCGUUAAAAAACAAAAGUCAUUUCGUGCGCGUCGUUUGGUAAACCGAGCGCGUGGCGCAAUGCAGGCCGUCGCGUCUCUGAUACAAUCGCCGGCUAUUAAUGAAUGCAGUUCGCAUCCGCGGCACGCGCGUUAAGAUCGUUACGAAAUCUCGCGUCACGUGUGCGAGAGCCCAAAGCUACGAAGGAAGAAAGGAAGGGAGCAAGGUAGGAAGGAAGGAAGGAAGGAAGGAAGGAAGGAAGGAAGGAAGGAAGCACGUGAGGCAUUAUUAAACUUCUCGCGCUUUAAUCCGGAUGUAACGCGCACGUUUACGUGGUUGGAACGAAAACUAUGCGGCACGAUGAAGGGGCCAAGAAUCGGUGGUGGCCUACCGAGCGAGAAAAGGCUGGACUACUGCCAGAAGACGCGUCAAGCUCGAGGAGCGUUGCUGCUGUACUUGAGUAUCUACACGUUGCUGCCGGCCGCUAUUUUCACUGCUCCAGCGCACGUGCGCGAAACAUCCAGGGAAGGUGCGCAGCGACGUGUAAACGACGCCAAUAAUGACCCGGCGGAAGAUUUGCCGGUUUUCGAGGCGACAGCGGCGAACGUCAGUGCGUUCGUAGGGCACACCGCGUAUCUGCCGUGCCGCGUGCGAAACUUGGGCGACAAAGUAGUCUCCUGGAUGAGGAGCAAGGACCUGCAUAUCCUUACUUCGGGAAAUUUUGCGUUCAGCUCGGACGCGCGAUUCGGAGCCCAGCACACGCCGGGCAGCGACGCCUGGACUCUCAGGCUGGACAACGCCAGGAAGACGGAUUCUGGCAAGUACGAGUGCCAGGUCAAUACGGAGCCGAAGAUCAUGUAUGCAGUGCAGCUCUCGGUGCGAGAUCCGGACAAACCGGAGGGAUAUGACGAGCCGCAUUCUCAACAGACGCGCAUAAGACUUCCAGGUUAUGAGAGUACCGCGCCGGUGGCGGACAUAAUGGGUCCCCGGGAGCAAAGGGUGCCGGCGGGUUCGACGAUCACCCUGAGAUGCGUCAUAUUGUCGCCGUAUCAGACCCGUCCCAUCAGGGGUGUACAAUGGCUUCGGGAUAACAAACUCCUAACAUUCCAGGCAGCGCGCGGAGGGAUCAACGUGGAGACCGAAAGGGGUGCGGCACGUACGGUGUCUGUGUUGACUUUGGCGGCGGUGACGCAGGAUGACGUCGGGAACUACUCAUGCAGGCCGACGGAGGGUCGAUCAGCCACUGUCACCUUGGUCGUUGAGGAAGGGGAACGCAUGGAAGCCAUGCAACGUGACGCCGGAUACGUCUCUGCCGGAAGUAACGUCAGGCACUGGCCCGGACUUCUGCUUCCGCUUUCGUGGCUUCUAAUACUCGCGCGCAGCAGCCAAACUUUCUUGCUCUAGCGCACACCCCCGACAGUAUUUCACGCUUACUUCUUGCCGUUUCCACGCCGCUGAGACGUAAAACCUAAAAUACCUAAAACGCGACCAAGCCGAUUUACAUCGUAAGAUGAACUCUUGUAGCCAUUAAGGGCAUAUUGAUAAGUCGUGUAUAUUCCAGGCGCGACGUGCUUACUAAAUCCGUAACGCACGGAUUUUCAGCGCGACCGUUUACGAUAAGAAUCACUUUCGGCGUGUAUCGCGCGGACGGAGAUGCGCUAGUCGAGGAUUUUCCCCGCGAGUCCAGUCGAGUCGCAUCGAAUUGACGAAAUUCCACCCGGGUCGAGUCGUCGAGACUUGAUAUCUAAUUGACAAGAUAAUUAGCAAUCUGGGCUUUCGGUCGAGGCUGCGCGAUCAGCAUGCAAGCGCCCGCGACUCGAAUCGUCGAACAGUUCGAACUCGAUCGACGAAGGAUUCAGGCACGAAUCGAAUUCGAAUUUUGCGAGACUCGACACUCGAAUUCCGGUAGUUCGCGCAUCUCUCUCCGUGCGGGCGUACAAAAUGUCAAGUUGCGGAACUUAAUUUAAUUCUCUCAAGCAUCUUAAGAGCGUGUAGUUAAGUGUAAACGGUAGUCUGUAGAAUUGUGAAAUGUUUCGAAGCGAGCUGUAUCGCGAUGGAGAAACUGACUGAAAUAAAAAAAUGAAGCGGAACAGCUGUCGCCAUUGCCCUCGGAUCACUCGGCUUUGUUUGAUCACUGAGCUUUCAAAUGUUUCAACAAUUCGACAAUUUUUAAUACUUUGUAUGCUGCACUCGGGCGCCCGCAUUUAUUAUAGAAUAUUGUUCCGUAUCGCCUUUUAUCGCACAAAUUUCUAAUAGAGAGGAUACCGAUCUCUUCGUCUAGCCAAGUACUGCAUGAAUGAUCAUAUUCCUCUGGCGUGUUAUGAUUUGACAGAUCAGAAUUGUUGCGACACAACUUGCUAACUUUGGAGAGGCGACGUGAACUCCUGGAUUCUCACUUAAAAUGUUGCACUCUUGUAUUAAGCGCUAUCCUGCUAUCCUUAAUGAGAUUAAACUUCAUGUAUCUCCAGGAUCGCUUCGCUUCUGCAAUGUUUAUCAUACCCAGCAUUAUCGUACAAAUUAUGGUAAAUUCAAUCGCCUUAAUAGAAUUCAUAUACCUGCAAAUAAUUAUUGAGAUCCCUCACGGAAAUUUUGUCGACGAUAAUAUUCCUGCUCUUCCCAUAUAAUUUUCCCGUAAUUUUUGUAAUUUUCUAUCAACAUUGUAAUCUGAAACUGAAUUGAUCUAUGCGCACGUUUAAUGUUAAUCAAUAUUCGACCUUUACUAGCUUGUGUACCAAGAGGUAAUACUCGUUUAUCUUUUAUAAAUAAAUAA